AUGUCUGGCGUGUCCCGCUGGGAGCCUCCCGUGGGCACCGACGUCGACAAGCUCAAGUCGUACCUAGCCACCCACCACAAGACGUCGAAGCCCUCGUCCGACGUGCCCCAGAUCCCCAAGCCCAAGGAACAGGCUGGCGGCGCCUCCGGUGUGGGCGAGUCCAAGAUCCGUGCCGCCCACCUCCUCGUCAAGCAUCGCGACAGCCGCCGUCCGUCCAGCCGUCGCCAGGCUCAGAUCACCAGGACCAAGGAGGAUGCCCUUGAGGAGCUCAGGGGUCAUGAGCGUCGCAUCAGGGACGAGAAUGACCCUGCCACCCUGGGUUCUCUGGCUUUCGAGUUCUCCGACUGCUCGUCUUACUCCAAAUCAGGAGACCUGGGCUUCUUCAGUCGUGGCAUGAUGCAAAAGGAGUUUGAGGAUGCUGCUUUUGCCCUAGCUGUCGGCGAGAUGACGGGGCCUGUCGAGACGGCCAGUGGCGUCCAUCUCAUCCAGAGGUAA